UCGCCAUGCCAUGUUCCCGCCUCUUCCCCCUCAACCUCCCCUCCUCUUCCCCAUUACUUCCCCUCCCCAUCCGUCCGCCCAUCAGCGGAGCUCCUGGCGCAGAUGCUGCGCGAGGGGCACCUUCCGCGCGUGGCGGUGUGGAGCGCCGUGGUGAGCCGCAUGGGGCGCGACCCCGCGCUCGCUGCCGCCGCCGUGAGGCUCUUCAGGGACUGUUGCGAUGUCGCUGCUGCCAAGGUGCGUUGCUCCCUGGCAAACUUCCCUCACCCGAUCCCCACACAUUCUCUCACCCAUUCCCCACACAUGCCCACACCCAUUCCUUGCACGCACUCGCGCCCCCUCCCCCCACCCUUCUCCCUCCCUCCCCAUUUCCCCCUAUUCCCCCUAUUCCCCCUUCUACACUCCCCCCAUGCGCCUCCUAUCCCCCCACUUCCCCCCCAGAGCGCCUCCCACAUGCGUCCGGACACAGCAGCCUUCAACGCGGCGAUCAACGCGGCGGUGACAGCUGGCGACCUCCCAUUGGCGGAGCGGCUGCUGGGGGAGGGCAUGGCGGGGGCGGGCGUGUCCCCCGACGCCAUCAGCUUCAACAUUCUGAUCAAGGGACGCGCGGCACAGGGCAUGCCCGAGAGGGCGCACGAACUGCUGAGACACAUGCUGGUGAGUGUGGAUUGGCAUGGAGUGCGCAGGGGAGGGUGUGCAAGGGGGGGGGCAUUGGUCGCAGGGCGUGCAGCCACAUGCAGUGUCGUUCAACUCAGUGGUGGCUUGGCGCAGGGCGUGCAGCCAGACGCAGCAUCGUUCAACUCGGUGGUGGGGGGGUACGUCGCAUGCGGCAUGAUCGGGCGCACCACCGCACAGCACCACCUCAUACCCUACGCAGCGUCGUUCAACUCAGUGGUGGCGGGGUACGUGGCGUGUGGCAUGUUGGGGGAGGCGCAGGCGCUGGUACAGACCAUGUGGGACCUGGAGGAGGCGCAGGGGGCAGGGCAGGGGCAGGAGGGGCAAGAAGGGGAAAGGGAAGGGGAAGUGGAAGGGGAGGAGAAGGGCGCGGUGCAGGGAGAGGCGGGUGGGAAGCAUCGGGUGGGGGUGGGGCCCAACGUGCGCAUGCUCUCCAUCCUCAUCAAGGGGCUCGUCGCCUCUGGAGACCUCGCAGCAGCCUUUGAGUGGUUUGAGCGCAUGAAGCAGCGGGCUGACACGGCGCCCAACCACAUCACAUACGCCACGCUCAUGCACGCCCUCGUCUCCUCGCCACCCCACCUCAUCCCCGCUCCCAUCCUCGCCCGCGCUGCCGCUGCCUCUGCUGCCUCUGCUGCCGCCACCCCUGCCACUGGAGCCACUGCAGUUAGCUCUGCAACGCAGCAAGCUGCCCUCACUGCCCGCAGCAGCAAGCCCCCAGCACCUCCCCUUGCCUCCGCCACCACACCCGCCACCUCUCCCGCUAUCGCAACUGCUGCUGCUGUUUCUGCGGGGCGUGCUGAGUCGCGGGGAGCCGUGGCAUCUCUGAGGAAGCCGAGCAUGUGGACGGCCGACAGGCCGAGCAACGCAGGUGCAGGCAGAGAAAGUCGUAGCGGCGCUGGGAGUCUUAAUGGCGCAGGCAGGCGAGAGGCGCUAGAACAGCAGGGGCUGGAGAGUGGCCGUGCUGGUGUGCUGGCUGGUAGCAGCAGCAGGGGUGAGUUAGACCGUCCAGGGAACAUAGAUGAGUUAGCAGUGGUGGCAGCGCGGCAGCUGCUAGAGGAGAUGAGAGCGCGGGGCGUGGCGGGCAACACUGCCGUGCUGAACGUGCUGGUCAAGGCCCACUGUGACCGUGGCCAGAUGGGGGCGGUAGAGGCAUUGUUGAGGGAGAUGGGGUGUGGCGGAGGUACAGGUGGUAGGAAGCAGCGGCUGCUGCAAGGCACGCCGUCCCCUGCUGCACCCGCUGCUGGGGAGGCUGCUGACGCCUCUCAGGGUGCUUCUGAGGGUGCGAUCCCCCGUGGAGCGGCCGUGUGGGGCGUGCGGCCGAACGCAGCGACGUUUGCGACCAUCAUUGCGGCGUGUGGCAGGGCGGGCGCGUGGAAAGGGCGGGGACAGGCGAGGUGGAGUUCUCGCAGUGAUGCUGUUAGUGGCGCUGCUGCUGCCGCUGCUGGGGCUGGCGUGCUGCCUCAGGGUGCUGCUGGCUCUUAUGAGAGAACCGCGGGCAGCAGUGGGGCGAUGAGCAUUGGUGCAGAGGCAGCAGUGCAGUGGUUUGCGCGCAUGCGGCGGGAAGGCAUAGCACCAACGGUGCAGGUGUACACGGCGCUCAUCUCCGCCCUUGGCCAGGCCCCUGAUGCUGACCCUGCCCGCGCCCUCUCCGUGUUUGAAGACAUGCUUGUGGAGGCUGGGAGCAGUGGAGUGCGGUUGGGAGGGAGAGAGAGCGGUGGUGGGAGUCGGGGAGGGAGAGGCGGCACGGUGGUGAGCGGUGGAGAGGAGUUGCGGGUGGAUGCGGCGGCGUGGGGUGCGGUGAUUGACUCACAGGCGAGGGCAGGGCUGGUGGACCAAGCGUGGAGUCUGUACCAGCGAGCCAAGGUGGGCAUACCUACUCUCUUCACCUCCGUUCCGUGUCACCUUCAUUCUCCGCUCACCACCUCGCUCUCACCUUGCUCUCACCUCGCUCUCACCUCGCUCUCACCUCGCUCUCACCUCGCUCUCACCUCGCUCUCACCUCGCUCUCACCUUGCUCUCACCUCGCUCUCACCUCGUUCUCACCUCGCUCUCACCUUGCUCUCACCUCGCUCUCACCUCGCUCUCACCUUGCUCUCACCUUGCUCUCACCUCGCUCUCACCUCGCUCUCACCUCGCUCUCACCUCGCUCUCACCUUGCUCUCACCUUGCUCUCACCUCGCUCUCACCUCGCUCUCACCUUGCUCUCACCUCGCUCUCAUCUUGCUCUCACCUCGCUCUCACCUCGCUCUCACCUUGCUCUCACCUCGCUCUCACCUCGCUCUCACCUCGCUCUCACCUUGCUCUCACCUCGCUCUUACCUCGCUCUCACCUUGCUCUCACCUUGCUCUCACCUCGCUCUCACCUCGCUCUCACCUCGCUCUCACCUCGCUCUCACCUUGCUCUCACCUUGCUCUCACCUCGCUCUCACCUCGCUCUCACCUUGCUCUCACCUCGCUCUCACCUCGCUCUCACCUCGCUCUCACCUCGCUCUCACUGAUGACGAAUCUCCAUCCUCCCACCACACUCCUCGCAUGCGAGGGACCAUCCUCCCACCACACUCCUCGCAUGCGAGGGACCAACAACUGCUCGUGCUCUCUUCUUGCUGCAUUCCAAGGCCCACUCACGCCACCGCUCAUGAUGCUCCCUCCUCUUCUUGCUGCUGCCUCGCUUCUGGCCGCACCACUUGGUGGCGGCUUCAGUCUUCCCCACGCCAACCACCUAUGGCAGCUUAGGCCGCACACUGGCAACAGCGGAGAGGGCAGGGGAGGCGCUGGUGUUGUGGCAGCCUCGAUUGCCCCUACCCCAGCCACAUACGGCAGUCUGGUGCGAGCGCUGGCAGCAGCAGAGAGGGCCGGGGAGGCGCUGGUGCUGUGGCGCGACUUGAAGGAGCGUCUGGUGGGGGCGCAGGGUAGUGAUUGGGAGGAGGGGUUGGGGGGAAUUGCGGGCGGGGAAGAAAGGUGGGAACUAAUGGGAGAGGCGAGGGAGGGGCGGUGGGAGGAGCGAGGUGAGACGGGAGGGAGCGGGGGUGAGGGAGGGAGUGAGGAGGAGGGAGGGACGGAGGAGAGUGAGGGUGAGGAGGGGGGAGUGGUGGAGGUGGUAGGGGUACGCGGGGAGAGGGAGUGGGUGAGGAACAGGUGGGAGCAGAGAAGGGAGGGAGAGGGAGCGAGAGGGAGAGGGGUGGGUGUGGCAGAAGAAAGAGUGACGUGGAGGGCAGGAGUGGCAGGAGGAGAGGCAAAGGGGGCAGCAGGGGUGUCUGUGGACGAGGCAGUGAUGGAUGGGCUCAUGCUCAUCUUCAUGCAGGCUGGCUACUUCCAGCGUGCACUGGAGGUCGUUGGGGCGAUGGAGCGAGCAGGGUUGGCACCCGAUAAGCUCAAAUACAAGCGCAUGCUCAUCACGUCCCUCUCCUCGCGCCGCCACCGCGCCCUCUCCUCCCUCUCCACCACCACCGCUGCUCCCGAUGAGUUUCCGGGCCUUGCUCUCAAACCUCUCUCGCUCCUAAAGGCGGAUCCAAGCAAGCAAUUUUUGCUGGCUGUUGAUAAUUUUGGCGGCGGCAAUGGCGGCGAUUUGGGCGGCGGAAGUGGCGGAGACCUGGGCGGCGGAAGUGGCGGAGACUUGGGCGGCGGAAGUGGCGGAGACUUGGGCGGCGGAAGUGGCGGAGACUUGGGCGGCGGAAGUGGCGGAGACUUGGGCGGAGGAAGUGGCGGAGACUUGGGCGGCGGAAGUGGCGGAGACUUGGGCGGCGGAAGUGGCGGAGACUUGGGCGGCGGAAGUGGCGGAGACUUGGGCGGCGGAAAUGGCGGAGACUUGGGCGGCGGAGAUACGGGCAGCGGGAAUAGCGGACAGCAGGGCGGACCUGGCGGGCAGCAGGGCGGACCUGGCGGACAGCAGGGUGGACCGGGCGGGCAGCAGGGCGGACCUGACGGACAGCAGGGCGGACCCGGCGGACAGCAGGGCGGACCCGGCGGACAGCAGGGCGGACCCGGCGGACAGCAGGGCGGACCCGGCGGACAGCAGGGCGGACCCGGCGGACAGCAGGGCGGACCCGGCGGACAGCAGGGCGGACCCGGCGGACAGCAGGGCGGACCCGGCGGACAGCAGGGCGGGCCCGGCGGACAGCAGGGCGGAUCGGGCGGGCAGCAGGGCGGACCCGGCGGACAGCAGGGCGGACCUGGCUGGGAGCAGGGCGGGGAUCAGGGCGGACCCGGCGGACAGCAGGGCGGACAGCAAGGCGGACCUGGCGGGCAGCAGGGCGGACCCGGCGGACAGCAGGGGGGACCUGGCGGACAGCAGGGCGGGCAGCAAGGCGGACAGCAGGGUGGACAGCAGGGCGGACCUGGCGGACAGCAGGGCGGACAGCAGGGGGGACAGCAGGGGGGACAGCAGGGGGGACCUGGCGGCGAGCAGGGGGGACAACAGGGCGGACAACAGGGCGGACAGCAGGGCGGACAGCAGGGCGGACAGCAGGGCGGACAACCGGGGGGACAGCAGGGCGGACCUGGCGGACAGCAAGGCGGACAGCUGGGCGGACCUGGCGGACAGCAAGGCGGACAGCAGGGUGGACUGCAGGGCGGACAGCAGGGGGGAUCUGGCGGAGAGCAGGGAGGAUCUGGGAGUUCUAACUUCGCUACUACUCAGAAUGUGAAGGGUGCGAAGGGAGGAAAGGGAGGGAAGGGCGGCAAGGGUGGAAAGGGGGGAAAGGGUGGCAAGGGAGGAAAGAAGUGA